ACUGCUAUAACCUUAUUUCCGGUAAUAGCUGGGUGUAGAGCUUAUGAAUAUCACUAGUUGUUCAUUCCUUUCUCCUCAACCAUCCGAAAAUGAUGAAUAACCUUCGCCUACUCUCGUUAUUUUGUACAUGUAUAUGUAUAUGUAUCCAGCACGUGUCAUGUCUCACGGAUGAGGACGCGCCAUAUAUGUCGCAAUUAAAUAACCUAAUGAUGAAAGUAAACUGUAAUUUAAAACUAAAGACAUAUAGUGAUGAUGAAGAAGUACAUUCGUUCUGCCAAAAGCAACAUCCCUAUUGUAUGAUGUCUCUUGUCGAAGGCGGUCAAUGUGAUAGUUGUUCUCAAGUCUGCAACAGUGAAGAAGUGUCGAUACAGCAAUGUAAAAAUUAUUGCCCUGAAGCUUAUAAAUGGAUGCAAGAGCAGAAAUCUAAGAAACCCGAUAAUUCAAAACUUUCUCGGCCGAUAAUUUAUGCAAUAAUAGGAACCUGCUUAAUUCUAAUUGCAGUGUUGUGCCUGGUUAUAAGAUCACUUAAAAAAAAAAAGAUAGAAAUUUGUUAUCAAGCUAGAAAAAUGGAGGAGGAAACUGGAUGUGUCGCUAAUGCGCAAUUGGUUAAUGGAGUUCAUAACUAG